AUGAUUCGGGGGAAAUCCAGAAUCUCGAAAUUUCUCGUGGCGGCGUUUGCGAGUUAUGUGGUUUUGACGCUGUUGUUGAGUGAUACGGGGGGACAGUAUUGGAGGAAGGAUUGGGUGGAUAUUGCUCGGUCUACGUUGGAGGAUAGGGCGUUGGAACAUAUUGCGAAUGAGACUUUGGGGUUUGAACAUAUCUAUGCCAUUGGAUUGAAGGAAAGAACUGAUAAACGCGAUUUUCUUACCCUUGCUGCCUCGAUGGCUGGAUUUCGAGUUGAAUGGGUGGAUGGAGUGCGGCCGGAUGAGUUUAGUGAGAAGGCUUUGUUGAAUGAUAACCUACUCAAGCCAUCUGAGAUAGGAUGCUGGCGCGCUCACAUGAAUGCCCUGCACAAUAUGAUCGAAAACUCCUAUUCGACAGCACUCAUCCUCGAAGACGACGCAGACUGGGACAUCACCAUCAAACAACAACUACGCGAAUUCGCCCGAGGAGUCCGCGCAUUGACCGGAAACACCAACACCUCCAAAACCGCCCCCUACGGCACCAACUGGGACAUUCUCUGGAUCGGCGGAUGCGCAUCAGCAGCCGCCCCCAACGAGACCCAAUUCUACGCCAUCCCCAACGACCCCACGGCCCCUAGUCUCGAACACCGCGGCACCUGGGGCGGUCCACUUGCGUCCUGGAAAGAUUUAUACCCGGAGACAUCGACGCGAUUCAUCUACCGGGCUGAGAUGGGCUGCUGUACGUACGGGUACGCGGUGACGAAGCGCGGGGCGGAGAGAAUCCUUGCGGCGUUGGCGGUCGAUCGACUCGUGGCGGCGGUGGAUAACUCCAUGGCGGAUAUGUGUGGGGGCAAGGAUGGUCGGCCGCAGAUCGAGUGUUAUGCGCCGUUUCCCAACAUGAUCGGGACGUAUAAGGCGGCGGGGUUGGCGUCGAAGGAUUCGGAUAUUCACAACGGCAGUGAAGAUGAGUGGCAUGAGGCGCAGGCGUGGAACCUGAUGUAUAGUACGCGGUUGAAUAUCCAUCGCUUGGUGGCCGGCGAGGAGACGGUGUAUGCGCAGUAUGAUGAAGGCUUUCCCUGGUCGCGGCGCGUGUUGAACAGGAAGGAGUUCGAGUAUCCCAGGGGGUAUCUGCUCGUACCUGACGGAAACAGCACUGGCAAGGUUUGCAGGGGCCGUGCGCGCCCACAUUCCAGCGCCCGCAAACAUCAUCCCUAUCUGCCUUCCGUUCCCCGCCCCUGGCGCGACCCACCAGCCAGAAAAGUAACUAUAAAGUGUAACAUCGGGGAGGAGGAGCGCAAAGGAUUGCUUGAUUCGGUGACUGAUAGCCCAACGAGCCCACCAGAUGAUGUGAAGCUCGAGUUGGGUUAUCAUGCGGCGGAUGAGGAGAAGAGGGCUGAUGGAUUGCCUCAAGAAGACAAGAAGGCGGGGAGUGUUCGACUCAUUGUGUGGAUGACGAUUAAUAUCAUCGCAACUGUUGCUAUUGUGUUUACAAACAAAUCCAUUCUCUCUAAUGCGUCUUUCCGCCAUUCGCAAGUCUCUUUCGCAGCCUACCAUUUCACCAUCACGGGUCUCACGUUAUGGCUCGCAUCACGGCCUUUCUGUGGCUGGUUUGAACCGAAGCAUGUGUCUCCGUAUCGCAUCCUCCAUCUGGUGGCGGCCAUGUGCAUCCAGGUCAUCUUCCAGAACCUGGCUUUGGCGUAUUCCUCGGUCAUCUUUCAUCAGCUUGCGCGACUGCUCCUUACGCCAGCCACGGCCUUGCUGAACUAUACGCUAUUCCAGUCCAGCAUCCCCAAGGCGGCGUUCUUGCCUCUGGCACUAUUGUGUACGGGAGUAGGAAUCGUCUCGUACUUUGAUUCCCAUCCAUCCGCCCGUGGGAAUGAUACCACGACGCCAGAGGGCAUCUUCUUUGCAUUUUCAGGGGUAUGUGCCAGUGCGCUGUACACAGUGUUGGUGGGACGGUAUCAUAAGAAACUUGAGAUGAGCAGCAUGCAGCUUCUACUUAACCAGGCCCCUGCCAGUGCAGCUGUUCUUUUGUGUGUUGUGCCUUGGAUGGAGACGUUUCCAGAGGUUUCAUCUGUUCCUGGAUCACUGUGGGCUUCGAUUCUCGCGUUUUAUAUAAUCGAUGCUGCUGGACCGGUUACUAGCACUGUGAUCGGACAACUCAAGACAUGCAUCAUUGUGGGCCUGGGAUGGGUGUUGAGCGACCAUGAGAUCCUGCGGCAGAGCAUUGCGGGGAUUUUGAUGGCCUUGGCUGGAAUGAGCUUGUGA